ACAAAAGUUGUGCAACGCCCCUUAUGUGGAUAGAGAAGAUCACAUGGUUCCCAGUACCUACAAUUAGCAGUCGUGGUGUGUGUGUGUUUGUGUGUGUGAGAGAGAGAGAGAGAGAGAGAGAGAGAGAAAGGAAGACGGAGAACUUUGUACCGAAGCAGAGGGCGGUGAGAGGGUCACAUAUGCAGCAGCACAUGGUGUGAGUUUGUAAAAAUGCCCACCAACUUCACCGUGGUCCCAGUGGAGGACAACAUCGCCUCGGGCCAGGAAGGGGCAGCGGAGGGGGACGCCUACGACUCUGCUGAGGAGCUCUCAGGCAGACCUAGCUCAGUGACAGGAGCUGAGACGCCCAGAGAGAACAGCCCUUUUAUCAACAGCAUUGAUCCUGACAGACACAGCUACUACGAUGGCAAGAACAUGGCCCUAUUUGAGGAGGAGAUGGACAGUGCCCCAAUGGUGUCCUCCCUCCUCAACAAACUGGCCAACUACACCAACCUCACCCAGGGGGUGGUUGAGCAUGAGGAAGACGAGACCGAGGAUGGAGUCAAAAAGGUCACCGUUAAGGGUCCUCAGAUGGGCACCUUUAUUGGUGUCUACCUGCCCUGUGUCCAGAACAUUCUGGGAGUCAUUCUCUUCCUGCGACUCACCUGGAUAGUGGGCACAGCUGGUAUCAUGGGCUCCUUAGCUAUUGUCUUCAUGUGCUGCACUUGUACCAUGCUAACUGCAAUAUCCAUGAGUGCCAUUGCAACUAAUGGUGUAGUGCCUGCUGGGGGUUCCUACUACAUGAUCUCCAGAUCUCUGGGUCCUGAGUUUGGGGGAGCUGUAGGCUUGUGUUUCUACUUGGGCACCACGUUUGCUGGCUCUCUGUACAUCCUCGGCACCAUCGAGAUCCUCUUGACCUACAUUGUGCCGAACGCGGCGCUGUUUGUGUCAGAGAAGCCUGAGGGGCAGCAGAACGCCAUGCUGAAUAACAUGCGUGUAUAUGGGACCUGUUGCCUGGUGCUCAUGGCCCUGGUGGUGUUUGUGGGUGUCAAGUACGUCAACAAGCUGGCCCUGGUCUUCCUGUCCUGUGUGGUGCUCUCUAUCAUGGCCAUCUACGCAGGUGUCAUCAAGACCAUCAUCGAGCCCCCUGACUUUCCAAUCUGUCUGCUGGGAAACCGAUCUUUACAGAAUUGUGACUUUGACUUGUGUCAGAAGCUGGAGGUGGUCAACAACGUGACGAAAACCACACAGCUGUGGGGGCUUUUCUGCAACAACACCACUGUGGACGCCACCUGCGACGACUAUUUCAACCUGAACAACGUGACUGAGAUCCAAGGCAUCCCAGGGCUCCUGAGUGGGGUCAUUUCAGACAACAUGUGGGGGGACUAUGGUCCCAAUGGAAUGCUAGUGGAGAAGAAGAACCAGCCAUCCAUUCCAGCAGAUGACAAAUUUGAGGACAAAUACGAGGGCCCCCCGAGGCCCUAUGUGUUCAAUGACAUCGCCACCUGCUUCACACUGCUGGUGGGCAUCUACUUCCCUUCAGUUACAGGAAUCAUGGCAGGGUCUAACAGGUCUGGAGAUCUCCGAGAUGCUCAGAGGUCCAUUCCUAUUGGCACUAUCGUGGCCAUAGCCACUACAUCAUUCAUCUACAUUUCCUGUGUUGUGCUAUUUGGAGCCUGUAUCGAAGGCGUGGUUCUCAGAGACAAGUUCGGAGACUCUGUAAAAAGGAACCUUGUGAUUGGCACACUGUCCUGGCCAUCUCCAUGGGUGAUUGUGAUUGGCUCCUUCUUCUCCUGCUGUGGGGCGGGACUUCAAAGUCUCACUGGUGCACCACGUCUUCUGCAGGCCAUUGCACGAGACAGCAUUGUGCCCUUCCUGCAGGUGUUUGGUCAUGGGAAGUCCAAUGGAGAGCCCACCUGGGCUCUGCUGCUGACCGCGGGCAUCUGUGAGAUUGGGAUUCUGAUUGCCUCCCUGGACUUGGUUGCUCCUAUCCUUUCAAUGUUCUUCUUGAUGUGUUACUUGUUUGUCAACUUGGCCUGUGCUGUCCAGACCUUACUGCGCACCCCAAACUGGAGGCCAAGGUUUAAGUUCUAUCACUGGACUCUGUCAUUCUUGGGAAUGAGCCUUUGCCUCUCCCUCAUGUUCAUCUCUUCCUGGUACUACGCCUUGGUAGCGAUGUUGAUAGCUGGAUGUAUCUAUAAGUAUAUAGAAUACAGAGGGGCAGAGAAAGAGUGGGGUGAUGGGAUUCGCGGGCUGUCGCUCAAUGCAGCCCACUAUGCCCUCGUCAAACUGGAGGAGGCCCCGCCCCACACCAAAAACUGGAGGCCACAGAUACUGGUACUGCUGAAGCUGGACACAGACCUGGCGGUCAAGCACCCUCGCCUCCUCUCCCUCACCACCCAGCUGAAGGCAGGAAAGGGCCUGACCAUAGUCAGCUCAGUGCUGGAGGGCACCUACAUGACCCGACGCGCUGACGCCAAGCAAUCUGAACAGAAUGUGAGGGCUACAAUGUCAUCUGAGAGGACCAAAGGCUUUAGCCAUGUGGUAGUCUCAUCUAACCUGCGGGACGGCUUCUCCCACCUCAUCCAGUCCGCCGGGCUGGGAGGCAUGAAGCACAACACAGUGCUUAUGGCCUGGCCCGUCAACUGGAAGCAGGCAGAGAAUUCCCUUUGCUGCCAAAACUUCAUCGAGACUGUGCGUGAGACCACAGCAGCACACCAGUGCCUGCUGGUGGCUAAAAAUAUCGACCACUUUCCUGCCAACAAUGAGUGCUUGAAUGGAGGCACUAUUGAUGUGUGGUGGAUUGUCCAUGACGGAGGCCUUCUCAUGCUCCUGCCCUUCCUAAUCCGCCAACAUAAAGUCUGGAGGAAAUGUAAAAUGCGUAUCUUCACAGUCGCACAUUUGGAUGACAACAGCAUCCAGAUGAAGAAGGACUUGCAGAAGUUCAUGUACCAUUUACGCCUAGAUGCUGAGGUGGAAGUUGUGGAGAUGCACGAGAGUGAUAUCUCAGCCUUCACCUAUGAGAAGACCCUGGUGAUGGAACAGCGCUCUCAGAUGCUGAAACAAAUGCAGCUUUCAAAGACAGAGCGGGAGAGAGAGAUUCAGAGCAUUACAGACACUUCACGCAACUCCAUCAAGAGGAAGAAGCCACCUACAGACACUACUUCCCCAAACACCUUGCAGGUUCCAGUCAUCAUGCUCACUAUUGACAAUGAGGCCCAGCUGAUCCAUGACCGGAACACAAAGGCCCACGCCUCCCUGAACGACAGAGCGACCACCAGCCCAGACAGGGUCCACAUGACCUGGACCAAGGAGAAGCUUGUGGCAGAGAGGAACCGCAACCGUGAGGCCAGCAUGGCAGUGCGUGACAUGUUCAACAUGAAACCAGAAUGGGAGAACCUGAACCAGUCCAAUGUCCGCAGAAUGCACACAGCAGUCAAACUGAAUGAGGUUGUGGUCAGCAAAUCUCAAGGGUCUCAACUGGUGCUGCUCAACAUGCCGGGGCCACCAAAGAACAGGGGCGGUGAUGAGAACUACAUGGAGUUCCUGGAGGUUCUGAUCGAAGGGCUGGACCGGGUGCUGCUAGUUCGCGGCGGGGGCAGAGAGGUCAUCACCAUCUACUCUUAGCAACAAGCAGGACACCAAGCAGGAGGGGGCGGAUGGGACAUCGGCUGGCAGAGGACCUUGCUUGCCCACGGUGGUCCCCGUAAGGCCCUGGGCACAGCCUCAGCCAAAGUGGAACCAGAGGGGGAGAGAGGACAGUGUGACCAGCCUCCCAGCACUGAAGAACUGAUGAGGGAGGGGAGCCUGUCUCCCCAAAUGACCCUCACACUCUGCCCAAGUGCAGCGGGGGAACUCAGGUCUCUGGUCACCCAGUGUAUGCGUCGCCCUCUGUUGGUUGGGGUUGUAGUCCAAUGCAUUGUUUCAGUAAUGAGGAAGAUGCAAUAUAUAUUAGUGUAGGAGUUUUGUAUUGAUAGAGUAAUCCGCUAGUGUAGCACUGGUCCUUUACUGAGACUGGAUUCAUGUUGAUGAACACAAACCUGUGUGAGAUGAGGUGUUUAUAUGCACAGUGAAGGCUCUACCUUUGCAGGAGCCACAGGGGAGAUUAAUAUCAUUUAUUUUCAACUAUUUAGUUUUAAUUUCACAAUUUCCACAGUUGAGACAAAAAGUGGGAAAACAGGGUUCUGAGAACCAACACCAAGUACAUUGAUUUGAGACUGAAAACGACUGUGCACAUCAUAAUUACAGUGGAAUCAAUCACCAAGUUGAUGCUGAUAAUGGUCCUUUGGAUUUUAUUGCGGCACAAUACUUGAAAUUAACCAGAACUACUCUAAACCAGAAACUAUCUAGAGUCAAUUUCAAGACACUGAAUGAAAUUUCAUAUGUUGUGGCCCAUUUUCUUUAUGGUACAUUUCCUUAGUCAGAAACAAAUGUGUAUGCAGUUGGCUGAUGUUGUGCUUUUCAUAUCACAUGUUGUGGGACUGAAAUAUAACACUCAGUACUUUUGUUUGUUUGCCAUGUGACAUUUGUGCCCUAUGUGUUUCUGUUGGUCGUUGUAUUCAACUGUGGAAUUUAGGAAUUGUCUAAAUCGUAUGGUUGUGUGUGUUAUUUGGAAGCAAACUUUCAUUUCAGUAUUUAUAUUCAAGGACAUUCAAAUUCAAAACUUUGUAUUUAUAAAAUUUCAAUGUUAUUGUGUUGCUUGUCAGGUUAGUGUAAUGAGCUGUAGGUGAUAAUAGAAGAUUUGCCAAAUAUAAGUCUUAAUAAGUCUUAGACCAACAGCAGAUCACACGCGUGCACACACACACACACACACACACACACACACCGUGUCUGCACUGUCUGAUUCUGCCUAUCCACAACGUGAUGUGAUUUUCAUGCUGAAACCUCACUGUGUUGCAUAGUAUAGGGUUGGUGUACAUUCCAGUAAAAUCUUUUUCAUUGUAAUGUGAUGUGACUCCAUGUGUGCCAAAUAAUAUUGGAUAAAAGUAAAUGUUGUGUGAUUGUUAUCUGUCAUUUGCAUAUGAAUGAGGGAUUCUUUAUAGUCUCCCUGGAGUUGGAAUAAUUCAUUAAAACUCAAAGGCCCAUUUUGGACUGGGACUGAGAGGAAAUAAUAGGAUGCACAUUUAUCUGUGAUUACAGUAAAUAGAGAUUUUACAUACACUGGGUGUUUGUUGUAUACUGUGGUUAAGUUUGUGUUGAAUCAAAAAUGCAUGUUUCUUACCACUCUAACAUCUUGUGGUGUAAUAUUUUAAAAAAAUAAAUGCAAACCUUCAAUAUG